UUGUGAUCCGAUACAGCAGUGCAAACAAAUAAACACACCUCAUCCUCUUCCACUCCCCUCCUUCGUGAGUCGUCUGCAACCUGUUCCGAGUCCCUGUAUCUCCUACUCUCCUUGUAUCUUCUGGAUUCUGUAGAAUCUGUGUAUCCUCAUACCACCUUGAACACAUCUCCCUGCUCCUGACCUAAGUUGCAUUCAUGCCUGAAGACGACUUUGAUCUGUAUGGCGAGCUCGAUACCCAAAUGACUGAGCAAAACGAGGAAUACCACGGAGAGCACGGAGAGCCGGUCGAAACGAUGAUGUCGACACCCGCGGCCGCUGUCGGGGACAAGCGCUCUCGCGAAGAGGACAGUUAUGAAGACGAGGCCGACUUGAAUAUGAAUCAGGCUCAGUCGCGACCCGCCGGCAACGGGAUCCCCACGCCCAUGAUGGGCCAAGUCUCGACCGCAAACGAAAUUCAGGACUCGGUGUAUGUGGGAGACUUGCAAUGGUGGACGACCGACGAAGACAUCCGUCAAGUGGCGUUGAGCGUAGGAGUAUCCAUCGACCACAAGCACAUCACUUUCUCCGAGCACAAGGUCAACGGCAAGAGCAAAGGGAUCGCCUUCAUAGAGUGUGGAGACUUCGAAAGCGCUACGGCACUGAAGAACUGGCUUGACAACAACGAUUUCCAGGGCCGCCGAGCGUCCGCCACUCUUGCGAGCUCGGCACAAGGCAACCCUUUCCGCACCCUACCCAAAGAGCCUCCUCCUCGCGAGAACCGUGUGCAGAACCAGACACCACAACAGAUCCCCCAGAUUCCGAUGCCGAACAUGGCGAUGGCGAUGGGAAUGGGCGGCCGGGGAGGGUCGAACUUCCGCGGGAUGCGUGGGGGGAUGAACAACAUGUUGGGGAUGCGCGGUGGGAUGCCUAAUAUGGGGAUGGGCAUGAUGGGGAUGGGGAUGGGCAAUAUGCCCAUGGGCGGCAUGAUGGGUGGCGGAGGCUUCCAGAGAGGGAUGGGUCCGCGAGGUGGUGGCAUGAUGCGUGGCCGCGGCAAUUUCAAUGGGGGCGGCCAUAUCAACCCUGCCUUCAUGGCGCAGGGCGGCCAGGUCCCUGAUGGCCCCCGAAAGCGCUACCGGGUCGAUGAUAGCGCCUGAAGCUGUUGCAUCUCACAAGAAAAUCCGCAGAGUAGAGCCCAAUAAUCGCAUCAUUGUCAUCAUCCCUGCUUUCGCGCUUUGUAUCCCAUUAUCCAUACUUUAUCACGCAACAACAUCGGCUUGGGAAUGGAAUGAGACAUUUUCCACCAACUGGGACCGCUGAACGCGAUUGUGCUUUUAGCUUAUGGGAGGCACGAUGUCAGAGCAAGUGAUUGCAUCAAAUGAUCUCGAUUGAUCUAGUGUGCCCACCUACAUAGGACGCGCGCGUUUCCAAUCCGUAGCCAUCUGCCUUGGCAAAGCUUGGAGGUCUCUGACCCUGUAUUUUCUCUGCUCUUUCGCUGGUUUGGCUGUGGCACGCUCAUCAAUGUCACAAGCGUUGGGCGGCGCGUAAGCAAGCAGGAAUUGCCAUCGGUGGCCGAUUCAGUUGACAAGUGCAGUGGCGAGAGGGUCCAGUCGCUGACAGUGAUGGGCUGUGAUGGGCAUAACUAUUUGUGAGGUGGUCCCUGAGCCCCCGUUCGGAUGACGAGUUGUUGCAGUUGUUGGUUCGAAUCGGCUUUGGGGAUCCGGGGUGCGAUCUUGCGGCUACGAGGGUUGACAGGUCCUCAAGUCGGGCCCUUGGAGUAAGUUCCCACCCUUGCUCUCUGGAACCGCACAGCGACUGUUUUGUGGCGUCGGCUUUGCGCUUGUUUGAUGAUCUAUGACCGCGGUCACUCGGCCCUCGACCCACACCUGAGUAACGCACCCGGAGGGAUGGAUGGAUGGAUGGAUAGGUGGUAGGAUGCGCAUCGUGGGCACUCGGAUACUCGGUCGCGGUCCACCGCCGCGGCAUCACAAAACGAAUGCUCUGUUCCGGCCCCAGGUCACCAACAUUCCCUUCAUACUCACACGUCGGUUCGUGCACCCGUCCCCGACAAGAAGGCCGAGUUUUGCUUCGAAACGUCCACAUGCGCGUGUUUUCUUGGUCUUUUCCCCGCUUUCCGGGUCCGGGGUGUCGAAAUGGCGUACUGAUCUAUCGUAGAGUGCUCGCAUCCAUCCCUGUGGAACUGAGCAGACGGACAUAUUCGACCUCGGUAGCGCGCAUGCUGCAUCACCUGACACGGGAGUAGUCACUGCUCGACGACUGGCACUCAGCCUGCAGGGUGCAGUCGUAGCAGCACAAGCAAGUAACCGGCGUGUCGGGCAUUGGACGUCCAGCGCCACAUUGGAGCCGGCUUUGAUUGCCAGCAUCCUGCGCUUCAAGCUUCGAGCGCUAUGCAAACAGAAUAACAAUCCGUCCGGCGUUGCUGACCCCGGCAAAGGGUCUCUUGAUUGCGGUCGCCGUAUGGAGUGUCUCUUCUUGGUCUUCCAUCGACUCUUCGAUAAUGUGUGUGUGCAGGGUCUGAUGGCUCCAGCCAGAUUCUCGACCCAGCACACCCAACUCUCUUGCCACUCUUUUCCAACUUGAGCUAUCAGGCCCAGAGAUGUCAGUGCGUCCGGAUCUGGCCAGAGCUCUCAGACGAUAUGAAUUGGGACCCAAUCGGCAGCGCAAUCGCCGCACUGACUUGCGCAAUGGAGAGCACAGAGGCUCUUGGAUUCUUGCCUAACCUAUAGUGGUCACGACAAGCAGAAUGCAGAGCCGGUGCCGUUUCCCUGCUCCCCCCUACGCUCUCCCUCGGAAACUCAAAAUGGGGGAUGUUUCGAUUCCUCAGAUCGUUCUGAUCUCAAUUGCUGUGCAAACAUUUCUGCUCGGCGUCUUCACAACCUUGUUUGCGGCGACCGUCAGGCUCAUCUUGACGAAAAGGAUCUCCAAUCCGAAAGCAGUCAGCCUGGUAUUGCCGACGACGACGAUUAUUUGGCUCUUCGCUGUCGCUCAUUGGGUCAUCGACAUGGCCCGCCUGCAGAUCGGAUUCCUGCAUCAUCAGCAGGAUCUUUCAAGAUACUUCGUUGACCUUGCGACGCCAUAUUCUGUCGCGAAGAUUGCCCUUUACGUGACCGCCACUCUGAUCGGCGACUGCUUUAUGAUCUAUCGCUGUUGGAUUAUUUGGACCAAAUCCUAUGCUAUCAUUGCUUUCCCCACCCUCCUGUGGCUGGCCUGCUGGGUUUCGGGAUACGGUGGAACGCAUGCGCUCUUGAGUACAUUACCGGGCGAAUAUCUGAAAAUGAUGGCCGCGUGGAUCACGACUUUCAUCGUCUCAACGCUCGCGACGAACGCAUUUUGCACAUUAUCAAUCGCGUACAGGAUCCUGCGCUCGCAGUCCGCUGUGCGUUCGAUGCAGACCGGGAAAAGCCACCUGGUCUCUAUCGUGAUCGUUUUUCUUGAAUCCGCUGCCCUUUAUUCUGCGAAUCUCGGGGCAUUGCUGAUUACCUACGAGUUGAACUCCCGCGUGCAGUUUGUCUUGGUUGACUCGACUUGCGCCGUGGUUGGGAUCACCUUCAGCAUGAUCAUUCUGCCCAUCGCUCGCUCUGAUGCGGAGACGACAUGUGUCUCGACACGUGUCGCCUCUCACAGGCCAGAAGGCGUCAACGUGUCGAGGCUGGUUGAAGUAACCACCGACCGUGAGUUCGAGCUGGACACGCUUCACGGGCUGAAGCACAAGCCCGGACAUGUUUAAAAUUUGAAUCCUUCCUUCAACUGUACAUUUGUAACAUCCAGCAUGAUAGAUUUAAAUCUUAAUCUACUACAUUA